ACACACAUACUAACAAUCUACGAAUCACAAAAAUGAGAUAAAUCAAAUGAGACAGGUUUUACAGAGAUGGAUUACCGGAGAUAGCUAGCGGCAGCGAUAGGCUGUGAAACCAAACCUUAAACCUCCAAAUUGGGGAAUUUGGCGGUGGGGAUGCAGAAUCAUGGUAGUUUAUUUAUUUACCACAAAACGUAUUUAUUUUGACACUUCUUUUACACACCGGGGUAUUUAUCCUCCUCAGUUCCUCACCACCAUCCCUAAAACCCAAUUAGUGGAGUGAGGAGGUUCUUGAAGAAGCAGAGGAAGAAGAUGUUGGCUGCUGUCGGGAGGAACCCUAAAAUCAAAUUAUCAUGUUUACAAACACUAUCUUCCACUACAAAUCUCUACUUCCCACCAUUAUCUUUUCAUUCCUUCUCCUCCUUUUCUAACAGCAACAAAUACCUUCGCCGUAUCUGCCUUGUCUCUCCUUCUCUUACAAGCAACAAAUUUGAUGUCCCCGGAUACACUUGCAGUAGCAGAAGAAGAAGUGGGAGGUUCUUCUGCAGCGCUACUUCUUCGGAAUUGGAAUUGGUUGAUGAAAAAGAGACGAACACUAAAAAGGUUAGAGAAUUUCGUAAACGAUUAAGUAUUUCUGUAAUUAAAGGUGGUUCUGAACAAGGUAUGGAUCGAUUAGGUCAGAAUAUUGUUGUUAAGGGUUGGGUUAGAACACUUAGAGUUCAAAGUAGUAUAACUUUUUUUGAGGUUAAUGAUGGUUCAUGUUUAUCCAAUAUGCAAUGUGUGAUAAAUUCAGAUGCGGAAGGUUAUGAUCAAUUGGAAUCUGGUUUCAUUACAACUGGUGCAUCUGUUUCUGUAGAGGGGGUUAUUGUUGCUAGUCAGGGAUCUAAGCAGAAAAUUGAAUUGAAAGUAGCAAAAGUCAACACAAUUGGGAAGAGUGAUCCUUCCUAUCCCAUUCAGAAGAAAAGAGUAAGCAAAGAAUUCUUGAGAACUAAAGCUCAUUUACGUCCGCGAACGAAUACAUUUGGUGCUGUUGCUAGAGUUAGAAAUGCUUUGGCACAUGGGACGCACAAGUUCUUUCAAGAAAAUGGGUUUGUUUGGGUUUCUACACCAAUUAUUACAGCUUCGGAUUGUGAAGGAGCUGGUGAACAGUUCUGUGUGACCACUUUGAUUGGAGAUGGAAUUAAGUCGUCAGCGAAUUCGAUUCCUAAGACUGGAGAUAGUUCGAUUGAUUGGUCGAAGGAUUUCUUUGGGAAACCAGCAUUUCUGACAGUUUCGGGGCAGCUUAAUGCGGAAACAUAUGCUUCUGCUCUUACUGAUGUGUACACAUUUGGUCCAACCUUUCGAGCAGAGAAUUCUAAUACGUCUAGGCAUCUAGCUGAAUUUUGGAUGAUUGAGCCGGAACUUGCUUUUGCUGAUUUAGACGACGACAUGGCAUGUGCAACUGCAUAUCUCCAGUAUGUAGUAAGGUAUGUUCUUGAAAACUGCAAAGAAGACAUGGAUUUCUUCAAUUCAUGGAUUGAGAAAGGAAUCAUUGAUAGGUUGAAUAAUGUAGCUGAGAAAGACUUUGUCCAGUUGACUUAUACUGAUGCCGUUGAACUUCUUUUGAAAGCCAAGAAGAAAUUUGAGUUUCCAGUAAAAUGGGGAUGUGAUCUGCAGAGUGAGCACGAACGGUAUAUCACUGAAGAUGCCUUUUCUGGCACCCCUGUAAUAAUCAGGGACUAUCCAAAGGAUAUUAAGGCGUUCUAUAUGAGGCAAAAUGAUGAUGGGAAAACUGUGGCAGCCAUGGAUCUAUUGGUUCCCCGGGUUGGUGAACUUAUGGGGGGUAGCCAACGUGAAGAGCGUCUUGACCUUCUUGAACUUCGUAUGGAUGAGUUAAAGGAAACACUAAAUAAGGAUAGCUACUCGUGGUAUCUUGAUCUGCGACGUUUUGGUACAGUCCCUCAUGCUGGCUUUGGUUUGGGCUUUGAAAGGCUUGUGCAGUUUGCAACUGGUAUAGAGAAUAUUAGAGAUGCAAUACCUUUCCCUCGGACUCCUGGUUCUGCCGAAUUUUGAAGCCUAAUCUCAUCAUGCACCUUCAUGUUGCUCUCUUCUGAUGGAAGCCGCUGCUAUUAUAUUUUGGCCGUCUUAUUUUCAGUUUUCCUUUUCUACAGCUUCUAAUUACUUUGGCUAAAAUUAAUCGAAUUUUCUGUAGUCGUGCAAGAUACCUUGGGGAGAUAUCCUCUUUUUUCCAUUGAAAUUGUACAGUGAAGUUUCUUUAUAGUCGCGGUCAUUCAAUUUAACUUUUUUACUUUGCAAGGGGGUGGUCAGGCUUUUCAAAGAAUGUUGCAAGCAAGGACUUGUGCACCUAAAUCGAGUUAUAUCAUCAUUAUGAUUGGCAAAUCCAGUUAGUAGAUGGUCUGGGCAGGCAAAUAAAGACAGAAGCAAAAUGCUGGCAAAAGUUAAGAAAUUUCAGGGGAUUACCCAUAUUAAAGAAUGAGGCUGCGUCAAGUGUAGGCUUUGUAAGAAAUGAAGACUUCUUUUAAAUCAAGAAUUUCUCUACCUGAUAUGUAUAAGAAAUUGGUUAUUUCUGGAGUAUUCCCUAAUCGAGCUGAAUGUAUUACAUUUUCAAGU